ACUCCGGAUCUGUCAAUACAAAAAAAACCCCGAUAUUUCACCCGAUUCGAGAUCUGCCUGUUUCCAAAAUGACCUUGUCGUAUUUCCUAUUCUAUUUGAUUCUCAUCACUCUCUUGCUUGCAGUGUUGUCAAGAUUAAGUGCCAUUGUAGUGUCAAAGAUUCUCAGCAAGGUGUUGAAGAAGAGUAUUUCCAUUGAAUAUUUUGGUUUCUUUUCACUGAAGAGUAUUGCCAUCCAACUCCCAAAGAGCAGCAUUGAGAUAGACUGUAUUUGGAUAUCAUGGAGACUCUUCAAUUCCCAACAGUUACACCCUAUGGCUUUGCACAUAGGGGACGUAAGAGUGAGAGCAGAAUUGAGUCAGGAAGAUGGUAGUCUUGAUGAUCUACCUCCUAGAAGACCACCGCCCCACCCUGGCCCAACUAAACCAAGAUCAGGAAUAUCAAAAUUCAUCUUGAGCAGCCUACCUACAUUGAUUCAGUAUGCAGCCCAGUUAUCCUCGUUCCACAUAGAAGCUGUCAAUGUGAUGCUAUUAGGAGCAAUGGGAACAGACUCUCUCUUACAUGUAACAGUUAAUGAUGCAUCACUAACAGGGCAGGCAAUAAAUGAAAGACUUGUAUCGGCAGACUUCUCAUCUCAAAAGCUUUCCCUGAGAAUGCUACGCAGUGCAAAGCCAAAUGAAGGGGAGCAGUCCCAUGUUGCCCAAGCUUCUGUUGCUCUCAAGGUAUCAACCCAGAUUGAUCUGGUAGGACGAGUCCUUACAACAUUGUUUGUUGAAGUUGGUAGUCCAAAUAUCACAAUAUAUGAUGGUUUCUUGCCUACUGCUCUGACUCGAGUGUCUAAAGCUGCACCUGUCGUGAUGCCAGUACAAGAUGAAUUUGUUGAUGCUCCCACCACUAUGAUGCCAGAGAAUCCACUCACUCAGAAGCUUAAAGUUAUUACCAAAAAGUUUCCUGAGGAAGCAUGUUUGGAUAUCAAGGAAGCAUCUUGGCAGAUGGUCCUUCAGGGAGGUCAAAGGUCAUUGCAGUUCAACACCAAGAGCGUGAUUUUGACCAGUCAGCUAGCCAGUCGAGAUGGUAUCAUAUGUUCUCAAAAUGGGGAUCUGGUUCUUCCCCCUAUCACCUGUCAUCUCACUUGCUCACAUGUGGAUAUAAUGAAUGCUGAUUCUGUUAAACUGUUGAGAGUAACAAGCUUAAAAACAUACUUGCUGGUCAAUGAAAGAUGUGUACAGAUAGGUGUUGAGUUACAGCGUGGACAUUCCUUGUAUGAUGAAGAAGAGAUCCUGUUCUGGGCCGGCUGGAUCAUGGAAACUAUUGCUCUUCGCAAACCAAGGUCCACGUCCACAGGGUCAACUGGUUCGACAUCGUCAUCGAGAUCAUCAUCACCCCCGUCAUCGAGGUCAUCGUCACCGCCCCCGCCAAGGAAAGUAUCACCUACUCCGUUGCUUCCUUCCCCGCAGCAACUGAAUAACACAUUAUCAAGAUCUGACUGGGAAUCAUGGCAACAUUUCUGCUUACCUGUUGACCUUGACCUGAACCUAUCUGACCUAUCAUGUCAGGUCAACUGUCAGGAAGUACCUCAGUGUGCUGUCAGAUUGGCCACACUUCAUGGAAGCUGGAGUGUUACAUCUGAUGCUGGGAAAUCAGUCCAGAAACCAUUUGCUUACAUCAGAGGGAGUAUGCACAGUGAACAGCUCUACUUGCUGGUUGGUGAAUCAGUACGCACCCCCUCUGGAGCAAUGCUUCCAACCAGACAUGUCUGGGGAACUGUGUGUGCAAUAGAAGCUCUUGAUGCUAAGAUGGACCUAUCUCCGCUCCUGGUUGACGUGGAGUGCUCCUUGCAUUCUCUCCAGCUUGAGAGCUCUCCUUCCCUUCACCUCAUCAUCCAGCAUGUCUUGAAGACCAUGGUAGACCUGAAGGGAGCAUCACCGCACACUUCUUCCCAUCGUAGGAAGGUCAAGGUUGAUCCCACCAUGGGUAGGGCACGUAGGAAGUAUAGAUUUGCCCUGAGAAUGGAUGACUUUAAUGCUUUUUUCACCAGCUCUAUCAAAGAGAGUUUGCUGUUACAUGUUGAUAUGAUUGAGAUGAGCUCCGGUACUACAGAAUCAAUGUCAGCUGUAGAUGGUCUCAAGUUCCUUAUUAUCAAGAAGGAGACAAAGGUCUUAAAUUGUCCAAAGUAUGGCAAGUUACCUGAGGGUUUGUUACAACUCAAAGAAGUCUCAACGCAAUAUACAGCAUCUGAACGGAAUUUGACAGUACAGCUUCCUGAGGGGAUCAAAGCAUCAUGGGAUACCUCAAGUCACAUGACCAUUUUCCAUCACGUCAAAGAGCUGCUCGCAUUUGCAAAUGAACUGAAAGGGACCCUGAAAGGUGCAGGAGAUGAAGCGGCAUCCUUGACAGAAUCCCCAACGUCAAUAGCCUCUUCACCAUCCACACCAGGAAUUAAUGCUGUGGUCAAAGUCAGACUCGUUGAGUUCCACUACAAGCUUUCUUCCAAGCACAAAAACUUUGUUCAAGCCAAAGAACUGUAUCUAGUGAAAGAAGGUUCCAAGGUUCUAAAAGUCACAUCCACAGAGGUCAUUCUGGGCUUUGAUGACCAUCAUCUGUUUGUUGUUCAGGCUGCAUGUAUAGAGAAGCUUGUAGAACAUCCUCAGCUUCUUGAAGACAGACUCAGUUUCAGCCAUCUGCAAUCACCUACCAAUAGGGCAUGGGGUAUCUUCAUGAGGUCUCUUGAUAUUGAGUUUCCUUAUCAGUAUGACUUCGCAGAUAACUACACAGAGAUCAUCAACAUCAGGAAAUGGUUGAAGCUAUUACAUCAGAAGAAGCGUGUUGGUGAAGAGAAACUCUAUGCUGAUAUCUUGAUAAGAGCACAGGUUAUCAAGAUGCAGAUGAAUGAUGAUCCAUUCGAAGUGAAGCUGGGUGAUAACUAUGAACUGAUAAAAGAUGAACGAGCAGAGAGUGAACAUAGAAGAGAACUACUGGACAACAAGGUAGAGGGUCUAAAGAGGAAUCACGGCCAGUUUCUACCAGCAAAGAAAAUAGAAGAGCUGUACAUCUCCCUGGAGAAAAAGAACAUAGAGAUCUUCUUGAAGCGAUCCCAGAGGCUUUAUGCCUCCACUCCUCAACGGAAAGUUCUCAUGACCUUGACCUUGACAGGAGUAGAGAUUAGCGCCCUUGCUGAUGAAUCUAUGAAUGGCAGAGAGAAUAUCUUACGACACAUGAAAGAGAUUGAUGUUGCAAGUCCACCACCUUCAGACGAGACAGAAUUCAGUACACUGUGGUGUCGAAUGGUUCGAGGUCAUGUCAAACAGUUCUCGCUCAAACUGAGAGAUUAUCCUUUGAAUCUAUGGCAGAUAAGUGACUGGCAUUGGUGGGGCAAGCUGGUUGGAGCGGAACAGACUGGGCCCCCAAGAGCCAAACGUGAUGGUCUGGUUGAGAUUGAUGAACCAUGGCAGGAUGUGAAAGUCACUCGAAGCAUGCCACCUCUGAAGUUCUUCCAUGAUCUCACUACAGAUGCUACUGGUAUGAGUAUGGCAUAUGGUCCCAGCAUGGAACCAGCUUGGGGUCAGGUCAACCUAGCCAUGAACCUCCUCAAUCGACCAUCCGUUGACCCCAGCAAGCCCCUCCCCUUUUGGGACAAGGUCCGCCUACUCUUCCAUGGCCGACUAACCAUCUCAUUGGAACAGUGCAAUAUGAUGUGGCUUACCACCAAAGAUCCUUACAAUACUACAGAGCAACUGGAUUGGGAGUGGAGGGAUAUCUAUCUAGAUUGGACCAAUGCACAUUUCUUAAUCAAGGGUAACUUAGACAUCUUUGUGAGGACUGCAUCAAAAUAUGAUGAUGUCAGACUUAUCCACUUACCAAAGUUCAGAUGGGACAUUGGUAUUGAAUGGUUGACGAAUGGAGAUUGCAAUGAUCAUCAUAGUAUCAUGCCUUGUGCACCUGACAAAGUUCCUGCUCACUCUAUCACACAGGUUCAUGACUCAUAUGGUGCUUUCAGGUCUCAGAAUCUCAACCUACGAAUGUCACUGGAACUCAAAGGACCUAAUGAUGGUGAAGAAGAAGACCCACCUGAGUGUCUGUUCUACAGUAGUACAAUGAGAUGGCUUCAAAAUUUUCAGUCCUGCACCCUUGGUAAUGUAACAAGACCAACAAGAAGAGGAAGGCUCUUUGAUAACACAGUACCAAAGAAGACUCCACUCAGUAGACAUUUCAAGCUAGUAGACUUUCAAGCCAAGUUUCAAGCAUUACGAUUGAACUACUGGGCUUCAUUUGCCCAACAAAGAGGGAUAGAGGUGUGUCUAGGACCUGGUAUGUUUCACUCUCAGAAUGGUCUUCGGCUCUUAGAGAACAGUGAUGGUCUAAUCCAUAGACCAAUUGCUGAUUGGAGCUUUGUUGAACUUGACUUUGAAGUAGGAGAGAGCCAUGUAUAUCUCUACACAUCAAAUGCAGAUGAGGUUAAGUGUCACAUGAUCAUCAAGCCCCCAGCAGAGAAGCAUCAUCUUGCCAGUGUCAACAGAGUUAGCUACUGCCGGCAGAAGUGCAAGAAUUUAGAGCCAGCACCUGAGAACAUUUCUGAUUCUGAAGAUGAGGAAGAGGAAGUGAAGGAUGCUAAGAGAAUGAAUACAGAGAAUGAAGAAAGGGAUUUCAUUCACAAGCUUGUAGUAUAUGAAUUCCGUGGAUCCUGGACAAGGUUCAAUAGAGAUGUGGUCUUUGGGCUCUAUGACUCAUACAGCAAAGCACAGACUCUGAAGCAGAAUCUAUCCACUGAGGCCUUGAAAGGUGUGAAGAUGGAUAGCAGUGCACAAGCACGGCGGCAGACUGGUGGUAUACAAAGUGCUCCUGGUACCCCCUCCUCGGCUGGUUCUAGCUCCACAGGGGCAGCUGGACACACCCCUAGCCCAAUGUCUAAGAUGCAAGCUGGUCAUGGGGCUAGUAUGCUGCAACAGCUUCUGGCUGAGACAAGCACCAAGUUCAUGGUCUUUACUGAAGAGACAUCAGGAAGUAAUGAACAACUGUCUGGUGUUAUAGCUUGUAACAAAGAUGAUGUCAUGACCAACAAUUGGCUUGUUGAACUUAUUAACAGUCAAGUUAUGUUGCGAGGUUCAGAUAGUUCUGGUUAUGUAUUAGUAUGUGCAGCUAAUGCACAGGUCAUGCAGAGAGCUCAUUGGCCAAAGUGGAUGGAGAGUAAAUUGACCAGUAAAACCACGGUGGUUGGUACAUUGGAUAGGAUGCAGUAUUUUGCAACAGUUGGUUACCCUGCUUCUCGAGUGAACCCAGCCAUCCACCAAGAAGACCACGUCAAAUGGCUUGCCAUCUCCAACAUAGAGAAGAACCCCAACCACAACCGAAGUGUGACCGACGUCCCCGCCCUGGUGGGGAGCGGGGACUCCGUGGGUGGGGUUGUCAGUGAUACGGUGGGCGGGGCAUCGGAGGAUGUGGAGAACGAUACGGUGCAGCUGCAGAGGAUCAUCUCGCGAUGUUCCUGCAGAUUCUACUACAACAUGUAUGGCAGGGACGUGGAUCCUGAUGUUGCUGCGCAGGUGCUUGCCAGAGGAGAUGUGGAUAAGGGAGAUGGAGAUGAUGAUGGUGACCCACUUGGUAAAGAAGAAUCAAUAAAUUCCAUCACAGUGGUCCAUCAUGACCUAGACAUCUGCACCAACUCAGCCCAGUACUCAAUGAUCAUGGAUAUCAUCAACAAUCUACUGCUCUAUGUAGAACCAAAGAGAAAGGAAGCCAUAGCAAGGAUGCAACAUAUGAGGUUUGCCUUACAACUCAACAAUACAGAAGAUCAGAAAGAGCCCAUCAUGCAACUUCAGAACUCUCUCAGGAAUUACAUCUCCCACAAUCGACGGAUAGAGAGAGAUCUGUACAAUGCUCAUCGGUCUUUGGAAGAUUCAGGAAAUGAGCAACCACUGGUAAGGAAGGUAUCUGAAUUAGAGAAACAGCUGUAUGAAUCUAAAGAAUCUCUUCUCAAUGCAGCUGAGGAUCUUAGGAUCAUGGUCAGUUGUUAUAAGGAGAUCCAAUUACAGACAGCACUGAAGAAGAAGAUGCAUCAAGCUGAUAGUGUUCGUGUUGCUUGGCGAGCUGAGGUGUGUUUCAGUCUAGCCAAGUGGAGAUUAACAGAAGCAGAUGGACAACUGGGUAUAGCAGACCUAGAACUCAGACAUUUCAAGUAUUGUAGGAAUAUCAAGUCAGAUGAUUCAACUGAAAACCUGAUGGAGCUUGCGUAUGUGACAAUCACAAACCUCCUUCCCAACGAUGUCUAUAAGGAAGUGCUGAGACCCCAGGACACUAGUGGUAGAUCAGCACAGGUCGCACUCAGGGUUAUUGCAAGAGGAAAACCACCAGUUGGUGGGAUUUCGGUACAGGAGAACUUUGAGGUCAAUGUUGUACCGUUGACCAUCCAGUUAACCAAUCGAUUCUUUAAGAAGGUGAUGGCAUUCUUCUUUCCUGGACGAUCUGUUGAUCAUGACGGACCUGUAUCAGCUUCAGCUUUCAGUGAUGAUACGCUUAAGAGAAUUGAAUCUGAAGAGAAUGAUACAAGUACCUUUACAAGGAGUGGGAGUUUGAGAUCAACUAGCAGUGAUGAAUCAAGUAUCAGUGGAACUCUACCAAGAGAUGUUGCACCAUCAAAGCCAAAGAGAAAGCAACUCCUAGCAAAGCUCAAGAAAACAGAUGACAUUGACAAGAUGAAGGAGCGAGCAUUGAACAAUAUGUUUGUUUACAUCAAGAUUCCAGCAGUACCUCUACUAGUCAGCUACAAGGGUGAGAAGGAUAAGAACCUGGAGGAUGUGCAUAACUUUCAUCUCCUGCUGCCGUCUUUAGAGUACCACAACAAAACAUGGACUUGGCUUGACUUUCUAAUGGGAAUGAAGAAAGAAUACAAGAAUGCUCUAGUGUCACAGGCAAUCAAGGAGAAGCUUUGGUUCAAAUCAGGCAAAGAUGAUGCUGGACCAGUGCCUAUUGAUGCAAGGGAAGAUGUUGAUAAAGCGAGAUUAUUGAUGGGACAAAAAGCCACAAAUAUUGCCACAGAAGAGAAGCAUUCUAGCAAGAGGAUUCUCUUUGGCAAAGGUCAAUCAGGUCAUUGAACUUCUAGCCAUAUCACACUAUGUAGGAGUCACUGCCUAGGAGUCCUAUACUCUGUAUAGAGGCAACUGCCCUCGGUUCACUGCUUGGGCGUCAUUACAUAGUCAUAGGGGGUAUUGGGAUCACUGCACUGUAUAGGGGUAAAUGCUUCACCUACUGUAGGUCCUAGGUUCAAGUCUUUGGUGUUUUUGCAUAUUAUGUUACUUUUGACUUAAACCAACAAAUUUCUCUGUCAGAGUGUGUGCAUUUUUAUAUGACUUUACCCAAGUGCAGCAUAUCAGACUGGGCCCUUAUAUCAAAUGUUUCCUUGCACUUUUUUUUCUCCUUUUAAGUAUGCUUUAUUUGCCCACGUCUAUUUUGAGUCCUCCUUUAAAGGUAUCCACUAUGUUGCUGGCAAUUAUGUCAGAUGGGAGUAUAUUCCUGACAAAAAUGAAAUCACUUGAUACACAAGAAUGAAGACAUAAUCAAUUAAAUACAGAUGUAUAGUUAAGCUGUCAUGGUGACCAUUUCAUAAAGCUGUAUAUAAAGUUAUAUAGUCAUUCAUAAAGUUAUGAAUGACUUGAAUAUGCAUAAGUUUUAACCAUGUUAAAGGUCCCAUGAAAUACAGCAAAGAUGCUGAUUUAUUCGCUAACUUAUUGGUAACUUCUUACGAUUCCAUCGAAAUUUUACCAGAAAAACAUCGCACAUCAGGUUCAAAGGCAGUUUUAUAGUGAAAAUUGAGCCAAAUUCGCCCGGCCAACGAAAAUCAGCCCGAUUUGGUUUUGUAUAUCACAUGACAAUUAUGACGUCAGGGAAGGAAGCUGUUGAGUGUUGUUGAUGUUUGGAUCAUGGAGUGCCUAUUGUGGUUGCACGAGUGGAUUCAAGUAAAUAAAUUGAAUUGCUGGAAUAAUAUUCAAAACCUGAAUCUUCAAAAACUGAAGAAUCAGACGCAGCUGAUGACGAUGGUGCAGCCAUGAUCAAAGCCCCAUAAAAUCUUUUAAAAAUCUGUUAAGGAUGAGCUCGGUCGAAACAGCAACUACACGAGGAACGUGUACAAUAACUAGGGGUCCAGCUGCACAGCUAGGAAAGCCUUCCUUCGAUGACGUCACAAUGAUUGACAGGUUUUGACAGGUUCGAAAAUUUUAGUGGGCGUUCCCGUUGAAGUUCAUUUCCGUGGAAUAACGCAACACUGGUUCGUCGUACACAGGAACCGAUGGCAAAUUCGUAGUUUUCAAGUAAAACUACCUUAUAAUAGAUCUGUAUCUAGAAUAAGAUAGAAUUGGUGUCAUAGAACCUUAAACAAAGUUUGUCUGGAUUUAUGUGAUUUUGCUUCAAAUGGUGACAAAUAUACUUCGCUCUAAAUUUGUAACCAUAUUUCAGCUUUAAGCAAUGUCACUAAAAGUUAUUAAGAAACCAAUUUGGGCUUGAAUUAUCUUCAUUCAUAAUUCAUUGAUUCGUAACUUUUACAAACAACUUUAUAAAACAUCCCCAUCUAAUUAUGAUUGAUACUUUCUAUCCAUAUCUGACUAGAUGCUCCUGUUGACAUGCAUUCUAGUUUAGUCAUAAUUUGUCAUAUUCUUUUUAAAUUAAUAUAAUUAUGCUAUAAAACCAUGUCCAUUUGUUUAUUCAUAUGGUUCCAAUGUUAUUUUAGAAGUAUAUGAAGAUGUAUACAAUUAGAUAUAGGUAGAGGCUUAUAUUUGUACCUUUGGGUCAGUUUUUAUGAAUAUAGACACUGUAUUUAAAUAGUAACAUGAGCUCAUCACUUGAAAGCUGUGUGAGGUGGUAUAUUUGAUGAACUUAGUUUAAAGAAAAUCAUGAGUAUAAUCAGAUACAUUUUAUGUGAGAAAAAUUAACAAUAGACUAUCAUUAAUAUAGAGCUGAGGAAAAUGAAAUAUUACAUGGAAUGAAAAUGCUAUUCAGGGUAAUACCUCAUGAUGAAAUAUUAGUUACCGAAUAUCAAUGAAUUGACUAGCCCGAACACCAAUGAGUUCCUAAUAGAGAGAGGGGGAUUCACCAAGACAGAAAGAGAAAGAAAAUAUAAAAUGAAUAGAAGAAAAAUGAUGCAACAGAGUGAGGCUAGGUUCAGAAAUGAUGAUUCAUCAAGGAUUUGGAAGGAGUCUUGGGCCCUGUCUCACAAUACUUUACAUCAAUAAUACAGUGUAAGAGCUUGUGUAAGCUACUGAAAUAAUGGUAGGUGAUUGGUUAAGACCAAUGUUUGAGCACAUGUUGUAUAAUUAUGAAGCUGGCCUAUGUUUGUUUAUUAUUGUAAUAAUUUGACAACCUGACAUGUCAUAGAGCCCCAUAAGGCUAAGGUCCUUUUUACAAUAAAAAAAAAUUCCCAUUCCAUUUCGAAGGUGAGCAUUUGUUAGUGCUAAAUCAAAACAGUCGUGGCAAUAGAAAUGUGAGCUUACAAAGAUUAUCUUCAAGUGCAAUGUGUUUUGUAAAGAAUUAAAUUAUUAUUUUCCAUGUAAAUUUAUAGUUUACAAUUAUAGUUAUGCAUUGCUGCAUGCAUUGUUUGAGGGAUACUCAGAAUCAUAUUAUGAGGGUUUGAUGCGAUAUUGAUAAAGACAUUUGAACACAGUUCGUGCUUUAUGUAUACUGUGUAUGAAUGUAUGAUUGUAAAGGUGUAAUUACUUAGAAUGUGAAUUAUUCACAUGAUUAUUGUACAAAAUGUAUAGUAUUUUAUACUUUUUAUACAAUAUCAUUUAAUUUAAUAAAGAUCUACUAUUUUUUUCAUUAUCAUUUAAUGCAUCAUGUUGAUUUCUCCAUAUUCUUACUUAAGAAUUAUUCACUAUUUAUUAUACUUAAUAUUUGUUUGUGUCACAGUACACAAAGGAUUAAAAAUGUGAACUGAUAUGUCCAUUUUCUACGGGAUUUGCAACAAAAACAAUUGUUUUAAAAUCUCUGUCAUGCUGUAUUACUUUAUUCUUAUAAAAGACAUUUACUUAUCCAUUUUAUAUGAAGCAUUUUUUAGUGAAUAGAGAGUACAAUAACCCAAUUAACAUUGAGAAUCAUACAAACAUGUAUUAAUGAUGUUAAUAGUUACAUGUAUGAUUAUGCAGAAUAAGUUAUAUACCUCUUUUAAGUUACAUUUUUAUUAGUUGAACUAAUGUCAUGUGAUGUGAAGAGUUUGUG